AUGUUUGUCUUCAUUUGGAAAAUGUUUCUUUGGCCUCUACUUUUGGGAAUGACUACGGGUGAUCUUCAAAUAGUAACAGCAGAAAGUUACUCAGCUACAGAAGGAGGACAGGCUAAAGUUGGUUCACCAACCCCUCAGCUCAGUGGCUGGCAGUUGCCAACCCCUUCUCUGUCUCCUGAAUUGAGAAAACUUAAUGGCAUUGUGGAGGCUGAACGGGCCAACAGGCAUUUGCUGUUACGAAGGAAGAGAUCCAUCCUGUUCCCCACUGGAGUUAAGAUCUGCCCUGAUGAAUCUGUUGAGCAGGCUAUUGCCAACCAUCUGAAAUAUUUCAGACUCAGAGUGUGUCAGGAAACAGUCUGGGAAGUCUUCAAGACGUUCUGGGAUAGACUGCCAGAGCGGGAGGAAUAUCACACCUGGAUGAGCCUGUGUGAGGGCGGGACCAUGACAGCCUUUGAAAUGGGCACGAACUUCAGUCAGUCUGAGGAGCACCGGAGCCUGAUUGAGAAGAAACUGUCCUAUACAAAGGAAGCAAUGGGCAGCUCCUGCAAUGAUUGGUCAUGUGGCAGUACUGGGACUCCAACUCCAGCUUUGGAUGCUGAUGUUACAACAUUGAGAGAUGCAGCUGCCAAUGUUCCUCUCCCUCAUGAGAUCACUGCUGAGAGCCCUGUGGGCGGUACCGUCCAUGAGAUGGAAGAUGCAGACACUACUAUCAAUAAUGAGAUAAAGAAGCAGGAAGAGAAGCUAGUGAGACCCAAAACUGAACAGAUGAUUGAGUUCAGCAUUUUGAUUCCUGGUGAAAAGUACAGUGAGGAGCUGAGAGAGCCAGCUUCUGCGAAGCAUCAGCAGCUCUCUGAACAGUUCAUUUCUCAGAUUAAAAGUGUAUUUGAAGGACUGCCUGGAUACAAAAGCACUCAUGUCCUGGGUUUCAGCUCUCCUGAGGAGGACAGUGGGGUACAAGUUCACUAUGCUGUUACGUUUGAUGGAAGAGCCAUCAGCAAUGCCACCUGGGACCUGAUUAACCUUCAGUCCAACAAGGUGGAGGACAACUCCUUCAUGGGCAUAGAGGAUAAUCCAACAGCUGUGUACACCAUCAGUGAUUUCCGAGAUUAUAUUGCUGAAAUUCUCCAGAAAAAUGCCUUGCUUGGAAACACCUCCAUGUCUUUAGACCCUAGCUCUCUCCAACUUAUUAAUGUGAAAGAAGUACUAAGUCCUACCCCAGAAGACCUGUCCUGGAUUACUGAGCACCCAGUUGUUCUGGAGCGCCCUGAGUUUGAUGACAGCACCUUUUUAGCUGAACGGCCUUCAGCAGAUGAAUCGACUGUGAGCAAUACCUUGCCCUUUGACUUCACCAAAUCAGAUUCUACUUCAGAGAGUGAACAGUCCAAUGACAAUGAAAUCUGGCCAAGACCAGGGAAUCUGGACUCUCAGGCCAGUUUGGCUCCUGAAGUUCCUCUAUCCUCAGAGGCUGAUGUCACUCCUCUGCCUGAUGGGCUGAAUUUAGAAGAUGGGAAUCAGACUCCUCAUCUGGCCACUGCAACAGUGUUCGGAAGUAAUUCUGUGGACUCUCUGGAAUGGCUUUCUGCCUCCAGUUCUUCAAAUGUGUUUGAAGAUACUGGACUAUCUGAAGACCAUCUUUUGCCUUCAAGUCCUCCUCACCUCGUGCCUGAAGAGCCUUCAUCCAUGGAUGCAGUUCCUCCACUUUCUGCACCAACAGUGGCCUCUUUGUCAGUAAUAGAGACUGAUACAAAAGAAACAGUAUCUGCUGAGAAGGAAGAAGGGAUUCAGGAUAGUGCUGCAGGUGGUGAAAAUGCAGAUUCUGUGGAAAAAAUUAAUUUUCCCUUAGAAGUGCACCCUAUGGAAGAUGGAACUGAUAUAUAUCUUGGAGACAGAGUUAUAAAUGAUGAUGGGUCUGGCUCAGCUUUUGAUGGUUCAGGAAAAGAAAUGGAAUCAAGUAUUUGGCCCUGGGGAGAAGCAACACUGGAACCAGUUUUCUACCCUGGUCCUGAUAGCUGGCUUGAAGAUGACAAUGAGUCUUUGUUAAUCAGAACUAAGGAUAUUCCUGAAGGCAUGAUCUUAGACUAUAUUCUUAAUUCUGGGAAUAAAUUAGAUUAUGAUCCUUCCAAAGAUGAGAAUGAAGGUAUGGUCGAUAAAAAAGAAGAUUUCCUCGAUGAGUCUGAAAUAUUUGUCUUUCCAGAGACUACAACUCAUCUGUUACAGACAGAAGAGCCAUCACCUGUGGAACCAUCUAAACAGCCAGAAGCACCAAGCAUGGACAGUUCUGCUUUUAUUAAGCCAUCCUUGGGCUUGGAGCCUUCAGUGGACCAUUUCUCUGUACACGUGCCAACUGGAGAGGUCCCUGUCUCACCAGACUAUACAGGUUUGUCUGUGGAAGACAGUCUCCUCACAUCUACAGGGACCAUCAGUAUGGAGCAACCUGAAGAGGACAGCAUAGAUCAGAACAUCAUAUCUGAAACAGUUGAACACCAAAAUGAAGACAGGACAUUGGCAGAAGAACUAAUCACAGUGGGGCAGUCAGAUGUAACUGAAGUUGCUGCAAUAGGCCACUUGGACACAAGCUCUUCAGAAACUAUUCUGACUGCAGCUCCUUCCAUAGUAAGCCCUGAUGCUUUCACAGAAGAGCAGCAACCCCCAGAUUCAUCAUCAGUAGGCCAUGACACUACUGAAUCAGAAGUGAAGACACCAGCUGAUGUUUGGUCUACUGACAGAGCACUGGAAAGCUCAUUAGAUCAGACAGCACAAUCAGCAACACCGACUGGCACUCAAGUGCAAGUUUCAACUGCAUUUCCUCCUGCAAUAGAUCAGGCCACUGUUCUAGAGGGCUUGGCUGUGCAGGGUGACACAGACCAUGACAAGCACCUUUCCAUGAGCUUUACCACUCUUACAGACUCGUAUGUAACGGUGAGUGUAACAAGCCCUGUCCAGCAUUUGUCCCACAUACCUCCUUUGGGAUCUACAGCAUCAUCAUCUGUGGCUACCUCAGUGGGGCUAGGAGAUGAAACAACGAGAGUCCUGGAUGUUUCAGUAGACCUGGGUCAUGUGAGCACUGUCCAUUUUUCUCCCAAGCUACCUGAAGAGGGAAGGACCACGACUGAAGGUCAUAUGGAACUAACAACUCAUGUCCAGUCCACACAGAUGGCUGGUGUGGCUUGGGCGACGCUGGAAAAUCGUGAUACUUCAGCCGUCCCGUCACGAGCUCUGGUGGUGUUUUUCAGUCUUCGAGUCACCAACAUGAUGUUUUCAGAGGACCUGUUUAAUAAAAACUCCCCUGAAUACAAGGCGUUGGAGCAGCGAUUCUUGGAACUGCUGGUGCCCUACCUUCAGUCAAAUCUGACAGGCUUCCAGAAUCUAGAAAUCCUCAACUUCAGAAAUGGCAGCAUUGUGGUGAACAGUCGAAUGAAAUUUGCCAAACCCGUGCCUCGGAAUGUCACCAACGCUGUCUACAUGAUCCUGGAAGACUUCUGCAACACUGCCUAUCACACCAUGAACCUGGCCAUUGAUAAAUAUUCCCUGGAUGUGGAAUCAGGUGAGCAAGCAGACCCCUGCAAGUUUCAAGCCUGUAAUGAAUUUUCUGAAUGCUUAGUAAAUCGCUGGAGUGGGGAAGCUGAGUGUGUCUGUAAUCCGGGCUACCUCAGCAUUGAUGGGCUGCCGUGCAACAGCAUCUGUGACCUGCAACCAAACUUCUGCCUCAAUGAUGGGAAGUGUGACAUAAGCCCUGGGCAAGGGGCCAUCUGCCGGUGUCGUGUGGGAGAGAACUGGUGGUACAGAGGGGAGCACUGUGAAGAAUAUGUGUCUGAGCCACUGGUUGUGGGUAUUGCAAUUGCUUCUGUAGCAGGAUUUCUUCUUGUGGCAUCUGCUGUCAUCUUCUUCUUGGCCAGGACCCUUCGAGACCAGUACACAAAGAGUGACUCUGGGGAUUCACAGGGGCAGGGUGACAGCCUCUCCUCCAUAGAGAAUGCAGUUAAAUACAACCCCAUGUAUGAAAGUGAUACAACUGGAUACAGCCAUUAUUACAGGAGAUACCCCCAGUUAACAUCCUACAGUUCUACCAGUGCAGAGACAUCCACAGACUACAGCAGUGAAGAAAUCAGGCACAUUUAUGAAAACAGUGAACUUACUAAGGAGGAAAUUCAGGACAGAAUUCGAAUUAUAGAGCUCUAUGCUAAAGACCGUCAGUUUGCAGAGUUUGUGAGGCAGCAUCAGAUGUGA